CCGAAUACUAGUGUAUUGUUUGGAUUGACUGCUUCACAUUGAUUUACGGGUUGUAGCACAGCUUACGAUUGAAUCAACCCUUUUACAGCUAAGAAACGGAAUACACUUACACCUUAUGCAAGCGCUACCGAGGACCUUGGACAGCAGUGACGUAAGGUAAGUGCCGUAUAACGAUGGCGUCCUAUAAAGCAAUUUUAGAGGAGAAAGACAGUGAGAACUGGUUUAAAUCCGUCCUCGCCCUUCGGAUUACCGGGUACGGGCUACGGGAUCUUGCUGAGGAUGGCAGUGCCAGAACACAACGAAAAAUAUUCUCAUGUACGCAGACAAAUUUUCCGACAUUUUGUGGCUUGUGCAGAACAUCAAACAUUUUGCCUUGUCCUACCAGGGGACUAUGUUCACAUGCAUGGAAGAAUUGCACAUUUCACGAUGCUCCACAUAAAAUGUAUAAACCAUGCCCAAAUCGUAUAUGUGAGUACCUCAGAUACCAGAUAUAUAGCUUGCAUCGGUUCGAAAUGCCUUCCUGGCGAAACACCCGAGCUGAAAUGUGGAAUAAUAACCACUUCGAGGUUGCGAAGUGUUUCAUGGGAGAAGGCUACCAUGACGCAGCAUCGUUUGAUGAUGUAGAUUUGAAUGGCGUGCUUGAUCUUAUGAUGAACUGCAAAGAGUAUGAAAGCUAUUUCUCCUUUCUCUUGACCCAUCCAAAGAACAUACUGACAGAGAUUAGGGAUAUUUCGCGGUUUGUACGUCAUUCGCCAGAAUUAAGAAUGAGUGAUGAACUCUUUGAGAUGUGUAUAGUGAAGUGUACAGCUUUAUUAAAAGACUCAACGUGGUUGUCCAGUAAUCCAAGAGCCAAGGCAGCCGUGGCAAAACUGAACCAACUUAUGACUGACGACAUGCCAGAGCUAGAACAGGAAGAAAGCAAAUUUGCAUUGGCACAAGCAGCUAAGAUAGUAACAGAGGUUCAAGAUCUGAUCGACAUGACAUUAGGGGGAGAGACUGCACGGCCAGUGUUUUCUUAUGAAUUGGAGGGGACAGAGGGUACAUUGAAAUACAUACAGACAAGCCUUAAACGUAUACAAAAUGUGAUGAAAAAAGGCUCAUCAGAGAGUACAGACGAUGAUAUCCGAAGUAGGGAACCAACCACAGAUUCAGGAUAUGGAACUUGCUCAAUGAAGUCAAGUGUUUAUGCGAAGUCAGCAGACGACGUGUUGUCGUGUGUUUCAGACGUCAAUUUUACUGAAAAGGAAAUGGAAUGUUUCCAGAUGAAAAUAAAACAAUGGCAAACAGAGGACUUAAUUUUUAAAGGCUCAUCAGAGAGUACAGGCGAUGAUAUCCGAAGUAGGGAACCAACCACAGAUUCAGGAUAUGGAAGAGAUUGGUACGAACAAUUGACGUCUGUGGAAUUCAUUAAAGAUGAUACAUCUCUGGCAGAAUCUAUGAGACCCGAUUUGUCGGAACCAUGCGUAAACACUGCAAUUGGACCAAUACCGGUUUUAAUGAAGAAAGACAUUGGAACCAUGACAGAAUACAGAGAUGGUCCAUUUCUGACAGACUCCAUGAAAACUGAUAUGGUUGAAACCAACGGUUACGACCAAUUGGAAGACCAAAACGAAACCGACGAACCUUCAGCAGCCAUCAGCGAAACACUGUUUACUCAAACACAGUUGAACGAAUUGUGCAGUCGGGAUGGGAGGAAAUCGAAAACUGUAUCUCGUAAAUGCGAUUUGAUUGUUAAUCACUUGAAAGAAACAUUUGAUAACAUUUUGUGUUCGAACAAUGAGAUACUUCACAUAUAUCCAGCAUUCAAAGUCGGAAAAGAAAACGAAAUUAUAUUUGUUGUGACAUUAAGUAAAACGACCGAUGUAUCCCUUCUAUGCAAUGCGGUUGCAUAUACUUUAGAAAUACGAGUUCUCCACAAGUUUAGCAAUGAAUUGAAGACAUUAAUGGAUGCGGUACAUGCAGAAGGUCAUGGCAUUUUAGACGAAUGCCAAAGGCCCAUAGCAGUUACCAUUGGAAAAUGGGCUAAACCCUUGCUAGAGGCACAUAAGUAUUUGAGUGUUAUCACAGCUUCUCCACUGAAGUCUAAGAGAAAUAAAAACAGAGAGAUUCUUCAAUCGUUUGUGCGAGAACCUGAAUGCUGCAUCGUCUUCUGUGUUCAUGCCAAGGACUUUAUAUAUAUAAAGGAGGACCCACUUCCGGCAAAAUUGAAUGGAAUUAGUACAGACGUGAUGGAAGGUGCUUUUGUUACCUUUGGACGUUUGUCGCAUGAGUCACAUGACAAAUUACCAAUGGGAUGUGAAAUAGGAAGAGGAGAAAGCAGAGAUAUUGGAACUCUUGGUGGCUUUAUAGAUCACCCGGAAUAUGGACUGUGUGGAAUAACUAGCGGACACAUGUGUCUGGAUCAUGCAGAGUACGAAGCUUGUGUAAAAAACAAUGGACGGCUUAUGUUAGAACAAUGGCCUGAAGGCAGUCGUGGGAGAGAGAUGUUUCAACCUGCGAAACUUCAAAAAGGCGAUGAGGUUGGUCAUCUUGUGGAAGUUCUUUAUCAAGUGGGCAGUCAUUUGGAAUCAGGUUUCGAUGUUGCAUUGUUCCAGAUAGAGAAGAAAUAUCCAGCAGACGGAAUUUUUCCAGCUGAGAAAAUAAACGAUCUUCUCCAUGAUGUUGCAUACACGUUUAAGAGCGGAAAUGUGUGUGGUGUGAGCCGUGCAGCCGACAAGUCUUUGUGGAAAUUUGGGCGAACAUCUGGUUCAACAAAGGGAAAAACGCACCUUAAAACUCCAAUGACCGCUGUAAAAGAAGUUCCUCUGUCAUGGAGAACACCCGAUCAAUUCCAAAUUAUGUUACUUAACCAAUUUGCUGUGUCUCCAAUAGGCACUGAUCCAGACAAGAAAUUUGCUAACUACGGUGACUCAGGAGCUCUCGUGUUUAUUGACGAAGAAAAAGACGAUUUAACGUGUGUUGGAAUGGUGGCAGGAGGGGAAAUUACUAGUUCGAUUGCUAUUAUUUCUCCGAUUUGUCCGAUUCUUAAACAUUGCAACGUCACAAAGUUUCAUUCGUUCUACAAGACUCCCAGACAAAAUAAUGAAGCUAUAGAGAGACUAGAAACCAUGUAUGCACAGCUAGACAAUCGUAUGGCGAGCAUUGACGAGCAUAUUGGGCAAAAUGGUGCUGCUAUAGAAAGACUAGAAACAAUGUAUUCACAGCUAGAUCAGCGAAUGGCAAGCAUUAACGACAAUAUCGGGAAGUAAGUAACAUUGAUGCAGCAACAAACCAACAGUGCUUCAAACACGUAAAUUCAUGAAAAAUAUCUGCCGAAGAUUUGGACACAAUCAGUAAGGAGUAAAGGGAAUGUAUGACAGAACCAAACUUUAUAUACACUAACCAUUAUAAUAUUUAAUAUGGAUGUAUCCAACGAGAUUAUCGUUAACUCAGUAGUAAGAAAUAUUAAUUGCAUAUAUACAUCUGGAGGUUAACAUAUAGUAGCUUACUUGUUAGUAAUAGGUUUCUCUGACAUUACUUAUUAUUAUAUGAAUUGUUUGGUAAUUUAGACGUUUUUGUCACAAGUUGAUGUUUUUCAUUAUAAAGCUCUUUCUUAUCGUAUCUUUUUCGGUAAUUAAAACAAUCCUCAGUCAAAACAUUCUUGAUUUGGACGGUUUUACAUACCAGAUGUAUGAAUCAUAAAAAAAUGUUUUAUGUGUUGUGUUACUGUCAACUACUCCAUUCAGUAUACCGAUUCUGAUUUCAAAUGAUUCUUUUAACAAUGUAAAAUAAGGUAUGACUAAAAUCAUGAUCAUGAAAAUUCUAGUAUGGAUUAACCCUCUAUUUAUACCAAUAAUUUUUCUGUCAGGAAUUAAACAAAAA